AUGUCUAUUCAGCCACCGCCACGCUUCUCUCUGGGAGACCGCUGGAUUGACUUUUGGGCAUCGGAUGAGAUGUGGAUGCGCCAGCUCGCCAAUGUCGAAACGAUGGCGCUACAUCAUGCGGACGCCCAUGGCCUGCGUGUUUUUGUGUAUGCGGUGCUGCGCGGCCACACGGCUGUGGCAAGAUGGUUAAUUCGCAACCGCACGCCGUACACCUCUGAUAUGAACUUCUUUGCUCAGCACGGCAUAACACCAGAAAUGCUGGCGCCGCUGCCGGAGCGGCAAUUCCUAUCGUCAGCCUACUUGCCGCAGCAGCCGUGUCCGGCGUGCCGCCGUUUUGACUUUCCAGCAAGACUGGCCCGGAGACAGACCGAGCUAGCUGGCGGGGUUGGACACAGCCCGGCCAGUGAAACCGCAGCCGGAGAUCCCGCAAACAAUAACAACACACUUGUCAUCGACGAGGCAACUUGGGGCACCGAUCUGGUCGCCGCGUUUGACAACGUGGGUGAAGUCGGCAGCGGAGACGGCAGCAAUGACCCCACGCUAGUCGACACACCAGUGAAGCUCCUCGUCACUGCCGGUCGCCGAAGCCGCUAUCUCGCAUUGAGCCACUGUUGGGGUGCCGCCCGGGACCAUCAGACAUUGCGAAAUAACCUAGCAGCCCGGCAAGAGCAGGGCUUUGAACUGAAUGGUGCCGACCGUCUUCCCGCCACCAUUGCUGACGCCGUGCACCUCACGCGGCUCCUCGGCUUCCGCUACCUCUGGGUUGACUCGCUAUGCAUCGUGCAGGAUGACCACGAUGAUUGGCAACGCGAGGCCGCCCGCAUGUGCGACGUUUAUCGCUUGGCCUACCUCACCAUCACGGCCAGCCGUGCCGCGGACGACGCCGAGGGGUUCUCAGGUAUUCGCACAGGUUUCGCCGGGGUGGCUGUCCGCGUGCGUGCCCCAAGUGCCUCUGUGCCUGUCUCUACCUCUGCAUCCGCCUACGAGGCUGUCAUCCACCUCCGUCCGGACCACCCUAAAGUCGAGAGCUACCGCGAUUACCACAGCGCACCCCUCGAUGCCCGCGGCUGGACCCUUCAGGAAGCCUGUCUAUCGCGCGCCCAGCUCCGCUUCUACUCGCUUGAGACCGUCUGGACCUGCCGCACCUGCGAGUGGAAUGAGAGCGACCCCAGCGUCGCCAACGUCUAUGCAAUCGACCGGCGCACCCAAUGGAGUCCCAUAAAGUUGCCAGCGUUAACGGCGCCGUGGGUAGCUAAAGACCUCACAUAUCCUGGUCACUGGUACGACCUCGUACGUGAGUACACGGGACGGCAGCUCACACACGAAUCUGACCGUCUGCCGGCGCUGGCAGGGAUAGCCCGCAUAGUGGCCGAGGCGGGUGGAUGGGGGGAAGGCGGGGGAGAGGAGAGAGGAGCACUUGGAACCGAUAGAGGCAAAGACCCAAGCUCACAGCUUUACCUUGCCGGUCUGUGGCGGAGUGACCUGGCCUACGGCCUCUGCUGGCACUGCAAGACUCUCGAGACGCCACCACCUGCCAACCUGCCCUCGUGGUCUUGGAUCGCCGUGUCUGCUGGGACUGCCGUCACUCACCCAAUCGCACCUGACCAUCAAUGGCCGCUGGGGGGACUGGACACCGCCGCUGACGCCGUGUCCAUCACGCUCCAGGGCCCCGACCCCUUUGGCGCCAUCUGCGCUGGCGCGCACAUCCGCGUCACCGGUGUGCUAUUGCGGCCGCUCCGCCUCUGCUCUUCGAACCCAAACAUGACUUACAUUGUGUCAUUUGCCUUUCCACGAGGCAGAUCGGCCGCAGGAAUACGCCACGACGACAAUGACGUUGGCUUGCUACGAUCGUCCCUAGUCUGGGAUAUUCCUUACAAGGAAGCCAACCGCGGACUGGAGGCACUCUGUCUAUGGCACGACGGGGACAAAGCCACCGCCUCUAGCCCUGUCAAUAUUCAUGGCAUCCUCGUUCGUCGGCGGAGGGUAGAUCGUCCAAGGACGUGCGUUUUCAGCCAGCUGUUUCAAUGUCAUCGGAGACGAGAACUAAAAGGGGCAAGUGUGGGCAGUACAGGCAGUGGUGCAGUGGUUUCGGAGAGCGUGGAAAGCGCACAUGUCGUGUACGAGAGGGUGGGUGCAUUUGAGUGUUUCGAUACCCUCGAUUCUAUCUCGUCGUUUGGCCAGUCGAGUGUGGUGCUGGUGUAA